CUCUCUCCCGGUUGCUUGUUUCUCUCGCGAGAUUAGGCAGCACUGUUUUCAUCUCCAGACGUCUUUAAAUGUUGGUACAAAAUGAACCGGCCCAAUAUUGUUCCGUUCAGCAGUCCAGGGAUAGCUAACCUAGUGUACCAACAAAAGCAAACUGGAAGAGCACCCCAAGAGUACAGAGAGGGCAUGGUGUACACGCCAAUGAGGGCAGCGAUAAUCAGCAGUCAGUCAUCUAGCACGGGCAACAAAGCACCUAUCAAACAACCAGCCAGCCACGAAACUGCAGCGCAGCCUGCCACUAGUAAAUGGAAGUCUACAUUCAAACCAGCAGGAGAACCUAGUCCUGAAGAAAAAAGAGCCAACUCUCAAGACAAAAGUGCCAGCAGUUCAGAGAAGAGCGAGCUCUAUGACCCCUAUGAUCCUGUGUCAUCCGAGUCUGAGCCCGAGAUGCCACCGAGCCAAGAGGACAAACACUCCCGAUCUGAGCAGGGUAACGACCGGGGACAUCGUGGAUAUAAACGCUCGUCUCCAAGCAGAGGUUGUCGUGACAACCAUUGGGAUUUGUCCUACUCUGAGCCAGGGAACAGACUCUGUGAUGGGAGAGAUUUUAGCCCUGAAAGCAGAGCCAACGACUGCCGAAGUCUUAGUCCAAAUAACAGACUGCCUGAACGAAGGUCGUAUAGCCCUAAGACAGAGGCACUUGAUCGACCGGGUUAUGGCUCAGUUAACAGGCCUCUUGACCACAGAGGAUUCAGCCCUGACAGACUCAGCCUUGGCUCCACCCGGCUGAUGCCUGCGUCAGGAAGGUCCACACUUUUCCCUGCAUCGUAUGGUGGACAGAGGACCAGUGGGGAAGACAGGAUGACAGUGCCUGAGUACAGGGGAGAGAGGGCCACAACUGUUAGAUUGUCUCCACCAAGGGUACAAGUCGACUAUCAGCACCUGUUGGGAUAUGCUGGGAAAGGAGUGAACCAAAUCUCACCUUCCACAGAAGUGACAAGGAACAAAAGCACAAGCCUGAUGAGGGAAAUUGAAAAGAGCCCAUUCACUUGCGAUCUGUGUGAUGUUGAGGUGGCUAAGAUGCAAGAGCUGGAGGAUCACCUGGAGAGCAAGAGCCACUGGGACAUCUUGGAGCACGUCCAGCAGCAGAAUAACUGUGAUGACCUGACUAUAGCCUUCCUACAGGAAGUCAUGCUGUUCAAAGUUCGACAGUGUAGUCAGGCCAUAGAGGAAAGUGCAAUUGAAGCGCUUCGGGAAAACGAUCACAUGACGAAGGUGGAAAUGUUCCACUGUGCAGCUUGCAAAGUCUAUGUCUCCACAUCAGUGUCCUCGGUGCAGAAACACCUCAGCUCUCAGGAACAUCUCUGCAACAAAAAGGAGUUUGAACUGUGGCAGAGACGGGCGAGCCUUGCCAAGGCAGAAACUAUGAUGAAGGAGCUGAAGCCUCAGUUUGAACAUUUUCUUGAGGGUCGCGACCCAUUCGAAUGACUGAAGUCAUCCUGAGUAUUGUUAACACCGAGAUACUGCACACUACAGAUCAAGAACAGUGGACUGCAAACGACCGCACAGGAAAGGAAUAACAGCUCUGACAGUGACUCAGUCAUGUGUACUGAUAGUUUAAGAGACGAGUUUGGGUUAGAAGAGGAUGCGGUUACUGUGCCAUUCAGGGCUUCACAAUAAAUUUGUUCAUCUUGAGUA